AUGCAGAUGAGCUUCCCUGAGAUGGUUUCUGAUAGUUUAUAUGCCACACCUAACAUUGGGAAAUGGAUUUUGGCCGCACUUGGGAUCGCAGCGAUCGUUGUCUUAAUAACUGUGCCGACAGUCAUAUUUCUCAAAGAGGAUAAAACACAACCCCAGAAGACAUUCACACUUGAAGACUACUUCAACAACACUGCAAGAAUCAAGUCAUAUAACCUGCGCUGGGUCUCAGAUGAUGAAUAUCUUCACAAGUCAGGAGACGGUUCCAUAUACCUGAUCAACGCACUUACAGGAAAUGGAAGUGAAUUCCUCAACCAUCAGUUGUUUGCCCGUGUGGCAGCUUACAAUUACAUGGUGUCAGCCGAUCGAAAAUACGUCUGUUUCCUGAGCAACUACACGAAGCUGUGGAGACACUCGUACACUGCAUCGUACUCUAUUUAUGACCUGGAAAAUAAGGAUUUUAUAAACACAGAUAUCCCACAUGAAAUUCAGUACCUCGCUUGGUCACCAAUUGGCCACAAACUGGCUUAUGUGUGGAAAUACAACGUCUAUGUGAAAGAAACCCCCGCUUCCCCUUCGCAUCAGGUCACUGAAAACGGAGCCCACAAUCUGAUCCUCAACGGCAUUCCUGAUUGGGUGUAUGAAGAAGAGAUGUUCUCCACAAACUAUGCUUUGUGGUGGUCACCAGGUGGAAGGUUCGUGGCCUACGCUCAAUUCAAUGACUCGGGCGUCCAUAACAUCGAGUACACAUGGUACGGAAAAGACCAGUAUCCAAACACUGUCUCCGUACCGUACCCCAAGGCGGGAACCACAAACGCAAUCGUGAAACUGUUCGUCUUGGAUACAAACACAACCACCAUCGCUGAAGUUUCAGUCCCAAGUGAUGUUGGGGCAGGAGAACAUUACCUGAGCACGGUCACGUGGGCGACGGAUGAGCGCAUUGCAGUGCAGUGGCAGAAGAGGACACAGAACUAUGUGGUUUUAAAGGCGUAUGAUUUCGACAAUGGCACGUGGAGCGAAAAUUCACUGAACCAGGUUCUUACAAGCAGCACGGGUUGGGUUGGUCGGUUCUCUCCAGACGAACCUGUCUUUCAACCGGAUGGCGACAGUUGUUAUUACGUACUGAGUGAUGGAGAAGGGUUUAAACAUCUUGUUUAUUUUAAUGGAGCAGUCCGAGUAUUUCUGACCAGAGGCAAAUGGGAGGUCAUCAGCAUUCUUAAAGUCACAGAAGAUGCCGUAUACUAUGUCAGUAACGAACACAACGGCCAACCAGGACAAAGAAACGUUUACAAAAUUACCAUAUAUGACGCUUCUCAUUCUGAGCCCGUGUGCUUGACGUGCACCUUGAAUGAGGACAGGUGUAAAUAUAAUUCGGCUCUAUUCAGCCGUAAAGGGAUGUACUAUCGCAUGGACUGUUCGGGGCCUGGACAUCCUCUGUACACACUCAGAAACAGCCAAGAUGGGUCAGAGGUGAGAGUUCUUGAAGACAACAAAGAACUGGAAGGCAUUUUGCAAGACAUCGCAAUGCCGUCAGUUACACACGGGACUCUGAAGAUCGGAGAUUUUGACCUCUGGUACCAGAUGACAUUGCCUCCCAAGUUCGACAGAUCCAAAAAAUAUCCUCUGCUUAUUGAUGUAUACGCGGGUCCCUGCAGUCAGAAGUCCGAUUUUCGCUUCAGGGUGGGAUGGUCCACAUACUGGGCCAGCACAGAGAAUGUGAUCGUGGCCAGCUUUGAUGGAAGAGGAAGCGGUUACCAAGGCGACAAAAUCAUGCAUUCUAUCUACAAACGACUCGGUACCUACGAUGUAGAAGAUCAGAUCACCGCCGCAAGACAGUUCAUUAAUAUGGGUUUCAUAGAUAAAGACAGAAUUGCCAUCUGGGGCUGGUCUUACGGUGGUUACGUCACUUCAAUGGUUUUGGGAGCUGGAAGUAGAGUGUUUAAAUGUGGCAUGGCUGUCGCUCCGGUGUCUAAAUGGGAGUAUUACGAUUCUAUUUACACGGAGAGAUACAUGCUUACGCCGAGAGAGAAUCAGCACUUUUAUGACAAUUCCACAGUGACGGGCAGAGCCAAGAACUUUAAAUCUGUUGAGUACCUCCUGGUGCACGGUACUGCUGACGAUAAUGUUCACUUCCAACAAGCCGCUCAGAUCUCUAACGCUCUGGUCGAUGAGCAGGUGGACUUUGAUGCAAUGUGGUACACUGAUGAAGAUCACGGCCUCAGAGGAUCAGCCAAUCAGCAUGUGUACACUCACAUGACUCACUUUCUGAAAAAGUGCUUCUCUUGAACUAGUAAACUCUUUCGACCACCCCAGAAGCUUUCAGUUCUGAAUCAACGUUAUUUCCAGACUGAUUCAUGCACGUACGAUCACACAUGACCAGCCCCUGAUGGCAUGAAAAUCUGUCAAGCAACUGUAUUGUGAUGUAAUAAUGGACACGUUUAUUCAUGCUUGAAUCAGUUUAAGACAUUUCAAAUGCACAUUCUGAACAUCUGAGUACAUUAUCGGUACCAAAACGUUUAAUGCAAUGUCAAAGAGCAAUGAGAAACUUUGCUGUUGAAUGUAAAUUGUAAAUGCUUCAUGCAAAAAUAUACAGUAAAUAUACAUAAAUUACUACAUAUAUAUGGAUGUACACAAAGCUUGAUGAUCCAGCUAAUAUUUUUUUAAGUUAAAGUUGAAUCACAUUUUCUGUUUUGUGACUUUGAGCUGGUAAGAGCAAUAUUGUGUAUGUUCUGUUUAUUCUGGAAAUUGUCCGCAGUUAAUUUGAUUUGGAAUGCAU